ACAGCACCACCUGUACCUUCAGUGAGAACACCAGCGAGCGUCAGGACCUCCAGGUGUGGAAGAGCUGCAGGAAAAUCUAAAAUUCAGAUCUGAAUAUCGGCUGAAAAGAGACCCAACGUCAGAAUGUUUUCAGCAAGUAACGCCUCCAAAGUGACGGUUUUCUGUGUGGUGGCGAUGACGAUGAUGAUGAUGAUGGUGCUGGUUGAGACAGCAGCAAUGCCAAAAGCAGGCGGCCAAUCAAAACACCCGAUGAAGAAACACAAUCAGUCCUCUGACGACGCGGAGGCAGAAAUGAUCCCCUUGCAAAUCGACCCCAAGUUCUUGAAACAUUCCAAAACUGUUCGGCCGCUGGAAAGGGCCUCCAUCUCCCCCUGGACUUACAAUGUAACCAAGGAUGACUCCCUCGUCCCUCAGUUUCUGUCCGAGGCCCGCUGUCUGCUGCGCGGCUGUCUGGACUUGGAUGGUGUUGAGGACAUGAACCUGGAGUCCCGACCCAUAAUGCAACAGGUGAUGCUCCUGCGCCGUGUCAGGUCCACGAGGGCGGAGGCAGGGAAGGAGCCCGGCUACCACUACCAGCUGGAGUCCCGCCUCCUUGCGGUGGGCUGCACCUGUGUCCGGCCCACGGUCCAGUACCAGGACUAAAGAGCUGCACUGAAUUGAACCAGGAAGAAGAAUCUCUAUUUAUCUGACUUUGAUUUUGUAUUACAUAUUUUUAUAUAAGUAGAACUUAUACCUACAGCUCAGAACUUAUACCUACAGCUCAGAACUUAUACCUACAGCUCAGAACUUAUACCUACAGCUCAGAACUUAUACCUACAGCUCAGAACUUAUACCUACAGCUCAGAACUUAUGCCUACAGGUAUUUUCAUAAUUAUCGUACAUUAUUAUGUAUAUAUUUAACAGCCAGAAAAUGGUUAUCAUUUUUUCGACAUAGACGUAGAUUGGAGAGUCGUCUGCAUAGAGGUUAAUCCUAGCUGCUGCAGAAUAAUGGAAUAACAAAGGGAAAUAAAAGUCAACAUUAAAGUCAAAAUCCAUCACAGUAAUGAUAGUAAGUCACAAAUAUUACUGGGAAUUUAUUUGGCAAAUAAUGACACUGACAUUGAGGUCCAGAUACUCAGAAUCAAACCAAAUUUUAUACGAAAAAUGUCACUUAAUGAUUGAUUGGAAAUAAGGACUAGCUGUACAUUUAAAAAGGAUAGUUAGCAUCUCAUCAUUUCCCUCAUUGUGUAUUCCUUUUAAAUAAUGUGCUUAUUUUCCAUAUUUAUUAAUGCUUUAACGGCAGUCCGUAGCUGGAGUCUAAGAGCGCACAAAUGACAUGUUUAUUUAUAGGUGUAGUUUAUUUAAAAUGGAUAUUUAACUUGUAUUACAGGAGGUAUUUAUUUGUGGUUUGGUGUUACUGUUCAUGUAUUUAUUCAGAGGCUAAAUUUGGUGAUUCAAUAAAAACAAAGGUUGAACA